UUCGCAACAAAUGAUUCGCAACAAAUGAUUCGCAAAGGUUUCGAAGCCUCACGAAGCAGUGUUUUGAAAGCGACCAUCAGUAGGUUGUUUUAGCAGUACCCAUUUUAUGUCCCACUUGGAUCUUCCAAUUUGUGUUUCGCCACUCAAUUAAAUAAAAUAGUUAAUGUUUAUUUCUAUGCGUAUUGUGCCAGAAUGGCUAAAUGGUGUGUUUUCGCAAUACGCCAGCAGUAAGAUUAGUUAUUAGCUUGGCAGAAAGUGCAAUGGGUUUAAAGUGCAAUCUGUUAUAAAACAAAAACGGUUCUGUGUUAUGUCAAGACUAUUGUUCGCCGCAGUGAAGGGGCAACUACCACCGGGUCCAUUGGCUUUGAAAUUCUGGAGAGUGCAAGGACAAAUCAGGAUGUUGUCAUCACUUCCAGUAGCAGCAGUUUGUCAAAUGACUUCCACCCCAGACAAAGAAGCCAACUUUACAGCAUGUAGGCGAUUGGUUGAGCAGGCUAAAGAGGGUGGAGCAAGUAUGGUCUUUCUGCCUGAAGGCUUUGAUUAUAUUGGCUCAAGCCGAGAGGAGACCUUACAGCUUUCGGAGAGUCUUGAUGGUGACAUCAUAACCCGCUACACUCACCUGGCCAAAAAACUGGAUGUGUGGUUAUCUUUGGGUGGAUUCCAUGAAAGAGGUCAUGACUGGAAAACUGAUCAAAGAAUUUAUAACAGCCAUAUUAUAAUAAACGGACAAGGUACAAUUGUGUCUGUGUACAGAAAGGGACACUUGUUUGAUGUUGAGUUAACAAGUAAAGGUGUGUCCCUUAAAGAGAGCGCUUUCACUAUACCUGGACCCCGCCUAGUCCCUCCAGUACAGACACCCAUCGGAAAGGUUGGCCUUGGUGUCUGCUAUGAUCUGCGUUUUCCUGAGCUGUCGACAGCCCUGCAGAGACAGGGUGCAGAAAUCCUUACAUACCCUUCAGCCUUCACUGUUGCAACAGGGACUGCACACUGGGAGGUGCUUCUUCGAGCCAGAGCAAUCGAGACACAGUGUUUCGUUAUUGCUGCUGCACAGGUUGGGGUUCAUCAUGCCAAGAGGACGUCUUAUGGACAUGCUCUAGCUGUGGAUCCAUGGGGCGUGGUGCUCGGGGACUGUGGGGGAUCUGAUGUAGGCAUAGCUAUGGUUCAGAUUGACCUGCAGGGACUACAUAAUGUCAGGAGAGACAUGCCGGUACAACAGCAUCGAAGAGCAAAGGAGUAUUACUGCAGCUUGGAUUAAAUUGACUGUAAUACACUGAAAAAAUUAUAAAAUCAGCACUUUGUUUGCCCCCAUUUUUCAUGAGAUGAACUCAAAGGUCUAAACAAAAGGCCAAUUUCUCUCAAAUAUUGUUCACUAUUCUUCGCAGAGAUAAUCCAUCAACCUCAAAUGUGUGGCAUAUCAAGAUGCUAAUUAGACAGAAUGAUUAUUGCACAGGUGUGCCUUAGGCUGGCCACAAUAAAAGGCCAGUCUAAAAAUAUGCAGUUUUAUCACACAUCUCAAUGCCACAGAUGUCGUACGUUUUGAGGGAGUAUGCGAUUGGCAUGCUGAAUCAUGCUUAAUCAGAAUUUAUUCGGCAAAUGCAUUUCCAUCUCCCAUUAUUCGCAUUUACUCUUUUUUCGCAAAAGUCUAACGGUACAUUGGCAUGGGGCGUAAGUGUUAAAGCUUCUCAUUAACUUUUAACGUGUGAUGUCAUGUGUUGCCGAACUGAAUUGUGGAUCUGUCAACGUCGCGUCACUACCAUUGCUCGAGAACUUUAAAAUUUUAUACUUUUCAAGCGCCAACGCAUGCGUCAGCCAAUCAGAUUGCCUUAUGCAAAUAAUCUAAUGCAGGCCAGCCAAUUCUGUUUAUGCAAGACCAGAGCAUGUGUUGCGGACACUGUGAUUGGCUGUUGGCCAGGCUUCAGACAAGCCUUCCGUCGAACGUUAACGGUUUCGCCCCCGUGUGAAUGUAGCGCAAAAACCUCAAGCGAGCUUAAAAACGUUUUUUUAUUUGAAAUCUUACAUUUUCAUCACUCGUUUUUGAUGCGAUACUUUAAAAUGUGCAUAAAUUAUGGUAAUGCAAACAUAGCUAGUGUUAUAAUUUUGUUCAGUGUAAAUAUGUCAAAUGGAACAUGUUGUAUACAUAUUAUAGCCAGCGCAAAAACACCUCAAGCGAGCAUAAAAACGGUUUUGAUUUGAAAUCGGCCUUUUUCAUCCCUCGUUUUUGAUGCGAUACAUUAACAUGCGCAUAAAUUAUUGUUAUGGAAAAAUAGCUAGUGUUAUAAUUUUGUUCAGUGUAAAUAUGUCAAAUGGAACAUGUUGUAUACAUAUUAUACAUUAUUAUACAUACAUCAAGGUAUGAGUGUGCAUAACCUUUAAAUUAAUUUUUAAAAAUGCUUUUCAUUAGGUUACAAGUGUUGCAGGGUUGAUGUUCUAGGGGGUUUCCCAGACAGGACUUAAGCCUAGUCCCAGACUAACAUAAAUGUUAAAAAGUGUUGUCUUGAUUGAAAACAACUUGCUCUGACAUAUCUUAAAAUAUAUCAGUGUUGUGUCUCAAGAUGCACACUAGUAAUGUUUUUUUAUUAUAUAUAUAUAUAUAUAUAUAUAAAUUAUGCCUUUGAAAAUGACUUAAUGACUGAUGACUGAUUUAACUAAGGCAUAGUCAUGGCUUAAACUAAUCCCUGUCUGGGAAACUGCCCCCUAGUGUGCAUUUGGAUAUAAUUGAAUCUUUAAUCUCAAAUAAAUAUUAAACUAAAUUAUUUUCUGUAUAUAUUUAUGGAUUUUACAUGUAUUUUUAAAGAAUACCAUAGAACCAUGUCAAAAAUAUGGUUAUAUCACUGUAUGGUAAAUUUUUGCCUGAGUAUUUGAUCAGUUCACAUAUGAAACCUUCAAAUACACAAAUGAAACCUAAAAUAUAAAAAAAUGCUAAAUGUCAA